AUGUGAGCGCGCCUCUCACUCACUUGUACUUUCCAUCGCCGCUCUACCGGUCUCGCACACACACACACACACACAUAGGCUACAACAAGGCUGCCCGCACUUGUCCCGUCGUUCCCGUCGCCACAGCACCGGCGGGCACGACGAGCCGGAGCGUCCGCUACUCCACACACAAGUUUCAAGAGGAACACACACGCUACAAUGGCGAAGUGUCUGCGCGCUAUUCUGUUUUUUAUUCUCAGCGGGAUUACCUCUUGCAUAUCAUCCCUACGGGAGCAGCGACCGAACGAAGUUACCCUGCUGGACUCUCGGAUGGUCCAGGGGGAGUUGGGAUGGGUGGCCAGUCCAUCCGAAGGAGGUUGGGAGGAGGUGAGCAUCAUGGAUGAGAAGAACGUGCCCAUCCGUACCUACCAGGUGUGCAACGUCAUGGAGUCCAGUCAGAGCAACUGGCUGCGUACCCACUGGAUCCCUCGCGGGUCGGCGCGACGCGUCUACGUGGAGAUCCGCUUCACGCUGCGCGACUGUAACAGCCUGCCCGGCGUCACCGGCUCCUGCAAGGAGACGUUCAACCUGCUCUACAGCGAGGACGACAGCGGUGACAAUGACGGUGACAACAACGAUGACAAUGAUGAUGAGGAUGAUGAUGACAAUGACGACACUGGGGGGCACCUCUUACAGGAGAGCCUCUUUUCUAAGAUUGACACGGUGGCGGCGGAUGAAAGUUUCACCCAGGUCGACAUUGGGGACCGCGUCAUGAAGCUCAACACUGAGGUGCGUGAGGUGGGCGUGUUGAGUGGGCGUGGCUUCUACCUGGCGUUCCAGGACGUGGGUGCGUGCAUCGCGCUGGUCUCCGUACGCGUCUUCUACAAACGCUGUCCCCUGGUGGUACGGAGGCUCGCGCGCUUCCCCGACACCGUCACUGGCCCAGACAGCUCCUCGCUCGUGGAGGUGCGGGGCACGUGCGUGGAGCACGCAGAGGAGCGUGAGGCUCCCAGGAUGCAUUGCGGCGCAGAUGGCGAGUGGCUGGUCCCAAUCGGGAGCUGCGUGUGUAACCCGGGUUACGAGGAACGCCACGGGGAGUGUCAUGUGUGUGGAGAGGGGUUCUACAGGGCCGCCUCACCUGACAUGAUGUCAUGCAGCCGAUGCCCCGCCCAUAGCCAGGCCCCCAGAGAAGGCUCCGCCUCUUGCAUAUGCGAUAAAGGAUUCUACCGCUCAGAAGCCGACGCCCACAACGCCAGCUGCACAACGCCCCCUAGCGCCCCUCAGCACCUGAUCUCCAUCGUUAAUGAGACGUCUGUGGUGUUGGAGUGGACUCCGCCCCUCUCCUCCGGCGGCCGCAGGGACCUGACCUACGCCGUGGUGUGCAAGCGGUGCCCGGCGACCGUCUCCAUGCCACCCGGUGUCCGCUGCGGCCCGUGUGGCGAGGGCGUGCGCUACGUGCCGGGGCACGUGGGAUUGCGCUCUCCGCGCGUCACGGUGCAGCAGCUGCAGGCCCACACCAACUACACCUUCGUCAUCCGCGCCGUCAACGGAGUCUCCAACCUCAGCCCUGCCAACGAGCACGCCGCGUCAGUCACGCUCACCACCAACCAAGCAGCCCCAUCAGCGGUGACGUCACUGCAGGUGAAUGAUGUAGGGGGCCACGCCCUCUCGUUGUCAUGGGAGGAGCCAGACAAGCCCAAUGGAGUCAUACUGGAGUACGAAGUCAAAUAUUACGAGAAGGAGCAUAACGAGCGUAGCUACCGUGUCCUAAAGACAUCGGCGCGGGGUGCUGACAUCACCAGUCUCUCUCCGAUGACAUCAUACGUCUUCCUGGUCCGCGCUCGCACCUCAGCAGGAUAUGGAGACUUCAGCCAACCACUACAACACACCACCAACGCUGUGUCAUCUCCGGUGGUGGGGGAGGGUGUCAACUCCACUCUGCUGAUGGUGUGUGUGGUGUGUGGCACCUGCCUCCUCCUCAUCCUCACCACCGUCUUCAUAUUCAGCAGGAGAAGGGGUACCUACAGCAAAACCAAGCAUGAUGAUGAGAAACACCUCCAUCCAGGCGUGAGGCUGUAUGUGGACCCCUUCACCUACGAGGACCCCAACCAGGCUGUCCGAGAAUUUGCCCGAGAGAUCGAGGCGUCCUGCAUCAAGAUAGACAAGGUCAUCGGCAUCGGUGAAUAUGGUGAGGUGUGUAGCGGACGUCUAAAGGUGGCGGGAAAGAAAGAGCUGUGUGUGGCCAUUAAGACCCUGAAGGCGGGCUUUACGGAGGAGCAGAGGCGGGACUUCCUGUCUGAAGCCAGCGUCAUUGGCCAGUUUGACCACCCCAACAUCAUCCACCUGGAGGGUGUGGUCACCAAGUGUAAACCGGUGAUGAUUGUGACUGAGUACAUGGAGAACGGAUCACUGGACGUCUUCUUACGGAAGAAUGACGGGCGCUUCACGGUGAUCCAGCUGGUGGGGAUGCUGAGGGGCGUGGCUUCGGGGAUGCGUUACCUAGGCGACAUGAGCUACGUGCAUCGCGACCUGGCGGCGCGCAACAUCCUGCUCAACUCCCACCUGGUCGCCAAGGUAGCCGACUUCGGAAUGUCACGUGUGCUCGAGGACCAGCAGCCAGAAGCCACCUACACCACCAGGGGAGGGAAGAUCCCGAUUCGCUGGACGGCUCCCGAGGCCAUCGCCUACAGGAAGUUCUCCUCGGCCAGUGACGUGUGGAGCUACGGGGUGUUGAUGUGGGAAGUGAUGUCAUUUGGAGAGAGGCCCUACUGGGACAUGAGCAACCAGGACGUGAUCAAGGCUAUUGAUGAGGGCUACAGGCUGCCCCCUCCUAUGGAGUGUCCUCUGGGGCUGCAUCAGCUGAUGCUGGAGUGCUGGCAGAGGGAACGCAACCUGCGGCCGCGCUUCAACCAGAUCACACACAUGCUGGACAAGCUCAUACGACACCCGGCCUCACUCAAGAGGACAGGAGAGAGGUCUCGGCCUGUUCUGAUUGGUCCUGCUCGUGUGGAAGCCGCCGCCCCCUCAGUGGGGGCGUGGCUACAGUCCAUCGGCAUGGAGAAAUACCAGCAGAGGUUCAGCAGAGCAGGACACAUGGACAUGAUGAGUCUAUCACGCAUCAGCACAGAGGAUCUGAAGCGGAUGGGCGUGUCUCGGUCUCACAGGAAGAAGAUCCUCAGCUGUGUACAGGAAACGCUUCCCCACACACAGGAAGACCCGCCCACCACACAUGAAACCCCGCCCACCACACACAAGGUCAUGCCCACAGUGCAUGAAGUCCCUCCUCCCCACACACCACCGCCUCCUGUCUGAUACACACACACACAAACACACACACACACACACACACACACAAACGGGGCUGGACUAUUGAGCUCACCGCAGCGCACACACACACGGACCCAGGUGCUCACACGCCCCGAUGCAAUCACACACAUGUACACACACACACUGGACUGUAGCAGCUCAUGCCUGACACACACACACACACACACACACACACACACACACACACACACACACACACACACAAGGACUAAACAGCUCUCUGUCAAGAGAGUGGACUGCAGUAAGUCAUUGUAUGGGAUGCAAUGACUUAGAUGGACUAUGGCUCGGAUACAAGGACUCACAUGCAAUAUCUGCGAUACUAGGACUCAGAUGCAGUUACAAAAGCGAUGGUUUGAUUGCAGUGACUGGGACGCCAUGGUUUAGAUGUGCACCUUUUGCUGCACAGCAGCAGUGUGGGAGAGGGCCACAGGAGAUGGAUGUGCUGUUUCCUCGUCCCCGGCGAUGCAGCGAUGCGAUGUUCUUGGACAGUAGAGGGUUACAGGAGGUGGAAGUGUGACACUGCGGCCGUCUGGACCAAGGGAGAAUAGAGCACAGUGUUCCACACUGCCCCAGCAGCAUU